AUGCGGUUCACAGUGCUCUCAACAAUUGCGGCUUUGACUGCAGUUGCGCCCACUGCAGCUUUUAGCAUUGACCAGUGGGAUGUCCUUGCUGGAAAGGCUCUGAUCAAUCAGGUCCUCUAUCAUUUCUCCAACCCGGACGCCAGCAAGACGUGCACCCCUCUUACCGCCACGGUUCGCCGAGAAUGGGGCUCUCUCUCGAAGUGGGAACGCAAAGAGUACACUGACGCAGUGAACUGUCUCGCCUCCAAACCCUCGAAACUGGCUCAAUCGGAUCCCACAUUUGCUCCUGGCGCGCGCUCUCGCUACGAUGACUUUGUCGCUGUCCAUAUCAACCAGACAUGGUUUAUUCACGCCACUGGUAACUUUCUGACAUGGCACCGUUACUUCACCUGGGCCUACGAACAAGCCCUCCGCAACGAGUGCGGUUACACUGGCUACCAGCCAUACUGGGCCUGGAACAAGUACGCCGAUGACCCGCGCAGCUCUCCCGUAUUCGACGGCUCCGACUACAGUAUGUCCGGAGACGGAUCAUACAUCCCGCACAAUGGUACCGAAGCUGCUCCCGGUAUCGUUCUGACACCUGGAAACGGAGGUGGCUGUGUCUUCUCCGGCCCGUUCAAGAACUGGACCGUCAACCUCGGCCCCGUCUUCCCCAGCCUCAAGGUCGCGGGCAUCGUCGCUCAGAACGGGUCCGGACUAAACUACAACCCCCGCUGUCUCCGCCGUGAUAUCUCCGAGGACGCAGCGAGCUGGACGACCACCGACCAAGUCGUCGAUCUGAUCGAUAACUAUACCAACAUCCUUGACUUUCAGAAUAGGAUGCAGGGUGAUUUCCCUAAUGGCUUCCUGGGUAUCCACAGCGGCGGCCACUAUACCAUUGGCGGUGAUCCUGGUGGUGAUUUCUUCGUUUCCCCCGGUGACCCUGCUUUCUUCCUCCACCACGCCGCCAUCGACCGUGUCUUCUGGACGUGGCAGAAUCAGGACCCCACGAAGCGGACUUAUGUCGUGGCAGGACAGACUGUCCUUCCGGCUCUGAACCCGAACGCGCCCAAUGCUACUCUCGAUGAUAUCGUCGAUAUGAGCAGUGCGCUGGCUCCGCCGCAGACUAUCCGGCAGUUGUUGGAUACGACUGGUGGGCCAUUCUGCUAUGUUUAUUUGUGA